AUGGAGGGCUUCGCGUUUUGGCAACGCAUCAACGACUCUUCGGAAUCCUCUAAGAAUUUCCAGACCCUUCUGGAUUUCCAGCGCGCUAGACUCUCCGCCUGGGCGCAGGAAUGGGACAUCGGAUCCAACAACCACCCCAAGGACCCCCGAUUCUGUAUGCUAGAAGGGGUAGUGACUAGCCACCUCCAACUUAUCUACCAGGUUUUUAGCGGCUUUGGUACCGCCGGCAUACCGCUACCUGUAUUAGACCAGACUCGGGCGAUUGUUUCGAUGGAUCUAUUACCCCGCUUUAUUCACUUGGGCACCUCUUCCGAUCCGUAUACUCUUAGAAACCCGGAUCCGCCAACCGGAGCUGGAUGGGCAUUCUCGAUGGACAACGUGAAAUGGGCACUACAAGAAGACAAGUUAAAAGAUGGCCUUGCCCUCCUUAGGACACUGCUCAAUGAUCUCUAUAGCAUCCUCCCCCGCAACGCAGCGAUCCGGCAGGGGCGUUAA